AUCUCUCUGAAUUGAAUAUAAUAUUAUAAAUAGAAGACGACAGACUACUACUAAUAAUAUACUACUCCAUCUCUCUGUCUCGCUGUGUUGUAUAUAUAGCAAGACAAAACAGCAGAGAUUUCCGGCAACAAAAAGGCAUGGGAAACUGCUUCUCCCAAGCUCACCGUGGCCGCCCAGCCAUCGGUGGCAACUCAGCCGCUCACUCUACUCACGCCGCUGGCCCUAGCCACUCCCUCACUUCAUACCGUGGCUUCGUCUCGCAGAUCGAGUUAUCGUUAUCUGCUUCAGACCUGUGUGACUAUGGCGUGCUCCCGAAGAGUAAUCCUGUUGCAGUUAUUAAUGUAAGGAGUAGUGACGGCACACUUCAAGAGCUUGGCCGAACAGAAGUAGUACCUAAAUCAUUUAAUCCUAAGUGGACCACAAAGCACAUUAUUACCUAUUAUUUUGAGGUGGUUCAGACUUUGGUGUUCCAUCUGUAUAAUGUGGACGAACAGUUUCAGAAUCUGGAAGUAAAGAUGCUUAAACUGGAUGAAUUGCAAUUUCUUGGCGAGGCUACAUGUGUCUUGUCUGAGAUAAUCUCCAAAUCAAACAGGUCAAUAACCAUAGAUCUAGUAGAUUCUAUCAGAACAAGCCAUCACGGAAAGUCUGGUCACCUCACUAUCUCUGCCGAAGAAUGUGCCGACUCAAAGAUUACUACAGAGUUGGUAUUGAGGUGUCUGGAUUUGGAAUGUGAAGAUCUUUUUGGAAGAACUGAUCCUUUUUUGGUGAUCUCAAAAUGUUUGGAUAAUGGAAUUCUACUCCCUAUAUGUAGAACCGAAGUUUUAAACAAUGAUCAAAGCCCAGUCUGGGAACCUGUAUCUCUGAACAUUCAACAAGUUGGAAGCAAGGAAACUUCUCUACUUAUAGAAUGCUUCAACGAUAAUAGCAAUGGGAGGCAUGACUUGAUUGGAAAAGCCGAGAAAUCGAUAGCCGACAUUGAGAACCUGCAUCGUGCUAGGAAAGGGGUGCAACUAUACUUGCCUAACAAUGCUGGCAACAAUCAUCAAGAAAAGGUUUUAAAAAGCCAGUUAUACGUAGAUAGGAUCUCUGAAACUGUGCAACCUACUUUCUUGGAUUAUAUGACUGGUGGCUGGGAACUGAACUUCAUGGUAGCCAUUGACUUCACAGCCUCAAAUGGAAAUCCACGGCUUCCAGAUUCCCUGCAUUACAUCGAUCCAUCUGGAAGACAUAAUGCAUACCAGAAAACAAUUUCAGAUGUUGGAGAGGUAUUGCAGUUUUAUGACUCAGCGAAGCGGUUUCCUGCUUGGGGAUUUGGAGCAAGGCCAAUUGAUGGCCCUGUUUCUCAUUGCUUUAACUUAAAUGGAAGCAGUAAUUACUGUGAGGUUGAAGGAAUUCAAGGAAUUCUGAAGGCAUAUACAAGUGCACUUUAUAACGUUUCACUUGCAGGACCGACCCUAUUUGGACCAGUUAUUACUGCUGCCUCGUUGAUAGCUAGUCAGUCUCUUGGGAAUAACCAUCACAAGUAUUAUGUUUUACUAAUUGUUACGGACGGUGUUAUAACAGAUCUCCAAGAAACAAAAGAUGUCCUUGUGAAGGCAUCUGAUCUUCCUUUGUCAAUUCUUAUAGUUGGUGUUGGGGGAGCCGAUUUUAAGGAAAUGGAGAUUUUUGAUGCAGAUAAAAGCGGUAGAGUUGAAAGUACAACUGGGCUAGUAGCUUCGCGUGAUAUGGUGCAUUUUGUUCCAUUCAGGGAUGUACGGAGUGGAGAACUCUCUCCUGUUCAAUCGCUUCUAGCUGAUUUACCAUCCCAAUUCUUGACUUACACACGAACAAAAAGUAUUUACCCAUACCCCUAAGCAUAUGGUAAAUUGCUGGCAUUGAGUUCCCAUUCAUCUUGGUCGUGUGUUGCCAACAUAAUCCAUGCCUUUGCUAUAACAUACAAGUCACAAGUUACUUCACCAAAAUUUUGUCGGAAGGAAUGAACAAGAACUGCGAAGCCCACACAUGGUUUAGAAAUUUCGAGGGUAUUUGAUGAUCACCACAAAGCGAGCAGUGCUUCUUGGCUACUUUUUCAACAUAAACUUUUCAGAGUUUUUAUAUUCACGACACCUGUAUCCAAGUUGUCCUCUGCAAUCCUUUCAUUACCUUUGUACACUUCUGCAAUUUUUUCAUGUAAUCUUCAUUCAUUGAUAUGGUUUCUAAAUUUAAUUGAUAGUACAUUAUUUAA